ACAACUGCCUCAUUUCUUUUUUGGUUAUUUGCAACGGAUUCUACGACGUUAUUGGAAUUCCAUCGCAAAUAGACUAGAUUGCAGGCCACAGAUUUCUGUGAAAUUUUGUUUUUUACACGAAAACAAUAACCUCACUGCAGCAACAUAUUUUACCCAAAUAAACCAAAUUGCAGCAGCAUAUCCAACAAGAAUAACUAUAUAGACUUCAUUUUUGCUCGGUUUUUCACAUUCAGUUUUUGUUCUUUCAGUUCGAUUUAUUUUUUAGUACAAUUCAAUCAAUUUUGAUUUGGUUUUUAGUUUUUGGUUUUCCCAACCUACCACAAAGUAAAACACCCAUGUUUUUUAAAAAAUUAGAAAAACUAAUGGUUGACAUUUAAAAUUUUUAUUAAAAACAUGUAUUUUGUGAAUAGGGUAAUCUUCAAACUAGAUCACUCUGAAAAAAUAUGGGGAGACAAACUUGUUGUAGAUUUGCAAUUUUUCUCUCAUUCAUACUAAUAAUAAUCUGCAGGUGCAGUUCAACCACAAACACCAUCUCCCUCAACCAAACACUUAAAGAUGGAGAUUUCUUAUUGUCUAAUUCAAAGUCUUUUGUACUUGGUUUCUUCACCCCUCAAAAUUCCGCCGGCAACCGGCGAUACAUCGGAAUCUGGUUUCAGCAAAUCCCGGUGAAAACCGUCGUUUGGGUCGCUAACAGAGACAGCCCAGUCAACGGCGAAUCCGGAGUCCUCUCCAUCGACGCCGCCACCGGGAAUCUCGUCAUCCGCGACGAGAAAACCAACGCUUCCGUCUGGAGCACAAACCUCACCGGCGGCGCAAAACCGGGUUCUAAUUUCUCCGGCCGGCUCCUGAAUAAUGGGAAUCUGGUUUUAGGCCCGGAAGAGAAGGAAAGUCCUCCUACAUGGCAGAGCUUCGAUUUCCCGACAAACACUUUACUUCCGUCCAUGAAACUUUCCAUGGACAAGAAACCCGGCGGUGGCCGGCGGUUUCUCACGUCGUGGAAAUCGGCCGAUGAUCCGGCGACCGGCCAGUAUGCGUUAGGGAUGGAGCUGAGCGGGACGGCUCAGGUGUUCCUCUACCGGAGUUGGGCCCAGAUUUGGAGAGCGGGGCCGUGGAACGGCGUCGAGCUUAGCGGCUCGCCGGAAAUCUCCCGAUUUAACCCGGCCGUGAACCUCAAUUACGCCGAAACCGACGGCGAGGUUAGCCUAACGUAUUCUCUCCGCGACCAAUCGGUACAGUCAAUACUGGUGUUGAAUGAAUCUGGGACGGUGAAUAGGCUGACGUGGCAAGGAGAAGAUAAAGGGUGGGUCGGAAUCUGGUCGGCGCCGGAAGACAAGUGCGACGUGUACGACGGCUGCGGCGCUUUCAGCAAGUGCGAUUUGGCGGCGCUUGAGUGCUCUUGCCUUCCCGGAUUUCAGCCCCGGUCGGGUCAAGAAUCGCCCUCCGAUGGUUGUACCAGAGGGAACAACACAGAUGCGUCGUCCUUGUGCCAUAAGGGCGAGGGUUUCACAAAGCUGACAAAGGUGAAGAUGCCGGACGCCAAAACAGCGGUGGUGAACCACCAGAGCAUUGGGCUUGAAGAAUGCAACCGAAUUUGUCUGAACAACUGUUCCUGCACGGGAUACACCACUGCAAAUGUUAGCUCCGAGAGUGGGUGCAUCACGUGGUAUGGUGAGCUUAUUGACAUGAGAGAGUUGGUUAAUGGCGGCCAAGAUUUCUUUCUUCGAAUCUCUGCUUAUGAUUUACGAAAACUUGAGAAUAAAUCUAAAGGGCAUCGUAAGGUGGUCACAGUAAGUUUGGUUCUAGUGAGUGUAGCGGUGAUUCUCCUACUUUGUUGUUUGGCUAUGCAUAUUAGAAAAGGUAAGCAGAGACGAAGAAAUGCUAAGAAUAAACAUUUGCAGUUGUAUGGGGAGUCUGUAAUGGGAGAACACGUAGAUGAAAACGGACUGGCCAUCUUUGCUAUCAAAACUAUUCAACACGCAACUGAUAAUUUCUCUGUUGAAAAUAAACUUGGCCAAGGCGGAUUUGGUUCUGUUUACAAGGGCAUGUUGCCUAAUGGACAAGUAGUAGCAAUCAAAAGGCUCUCGAGAACAUCAGGACAAGGCAUAGAGGAAUUCAAGAACGAAGUUACACUAAUUGCAAAGCUCCAACACAGGAACCUUGUGAGGCUAUUGGGAUGUUGCAUUCAACGGGGAGAGAAGAUGUUGGUGUAUGAAUACAUGCCAAACAAUUCACUCGACCACUUUAUCUUUGGUACUAAUAGAAGGGAGGAGGCCCUGGAUUGGACAAAACGCUUUGAUAUUAUCUUGGGGAUUGCUCGAGGAUUAUUAUAUCUUCAUCGAGAUUCUAGAUUAAGAAUCAUUCAUAGAGAUUUAAAACCAAGCAAUGUUUUGCUAGAUGCCUCUAUGAAUCCAAAAAUAUCAGACUUUGGAAUGGCGAGAAUUUUCGGAAUUGGUCAAAAUGCAGCAAACACAAAUCGUGUGGUUGGGACAUAUGGCUAUAUGUCACCGGAAUAUGCAAUGGAAGGACAAUUUUCAGUGAAGUCUGACGUCUUUAGCUUCGGUGUUUUGUUAUUAGAGAUCGUGUGUGGAAGGAAGAACAAAAUGCCCGUGAAGGAAACAUCUCUCAAUCUUAUCGGAGAUGUGUGGGGUUUGUGGAGAGAUGGAAAAGCAAUUGAAAUAGUUGAUCCAUUAUUGGGGGAGUCAUAUGAGAGUGAAAAGGUUUUGAGGUGCAUCCAUGUUGGGCUAUUGUGCGUUCAAGCCAUCAUGCAUGAUAGACCGACCAUGUCACAAGUGGUUUUCAUGCUAUGCAAUGAAACUAAACUUCCAACCCCUAAUCAACCAGGGUUUAUUUUGUUAAGGCAGGAAAAUUGUAUUCCAAGCUCCUCAACAACAUCUACUAAAAGUGACUCUAUCAACAACAUGUCUUUUACUAAAUUAGAAGGGCGUUGACUAUUACUCUUAGAAGGGCGUUAACUAUUACUCAUAUGUACUUUUAGACUUGAUAAUAGGAUACAAUUCCUCACUUUAAGCGUGUGUGUGUGUGUAAGUGUAUAUUGGUUUCCAAACAUAUUCAUAUGAUAUGAGUGGAGGAAUGAUUUUUGGGUAUUUGGGGUGUACUUGAUCUCAUAACAAAUUUGGUAUUUUAUU